AUGUCAACCCUCACGAAUGGCGUCUCUUCCCAUCGCGCGGACAGCGACAAUGCCGCCGACAGCGCAGCACUCGUCGCAGGAGCUGCCCGACCUGGCAGUAGCUCCAACACCACCUCCAUCUACGCUGCCUCAAGCGUCGCCGAGGUGCGCGCCGCUCUAGACGCCCUCCACGCCCGCGAAUCGACAGUCACGAGCCGUCUCGAUGCUCUCCUGGGCUCGCAGGCCGACCUCGCCCGCGAAUUGGGCCGGCUCGACCUCCUCCGCGCGGGGCUCGGCAGCCAGGUCAUCGCCGCGCGGUCCAUCGGUAACGACAUGCUCGCGACGGCGGCCGACACGGCGGGCCGGCUGAGUAAUAAGGUGAAGGAGCUGGAUCUGGAGAAGAGCCGCGUCGAGGACACGCUCGAGGUCGUGAAGCAGGUCGUGGAGCUCAAGGCUUGCGUGCAGGGCGUCGUGGGCAGCAUGGGUGCCCCGCAGGACUGGGAAGCUGCGGCGGCGUACCUUGCGCGCGCUGCGCAGGUGCCCGAGGAUAUCACAAAGGGCAAGUUUGCGUCGUCGAUCGUGCCCUCCGUCGAGGUGCCCGACCCGCCAUGGGUUACGCUCGAGAACGCCAAGGAGAGCUUGUGUGGACUGUUCCUCAGGGAAUUCGAGAAGGCGACCAAGGAAGGCGAUGGUGCUAAGGUUACGAGAUUCUUCAAGCUGUUCCCGUUGAUUGGAAGAGGAGAUGUUGGUCUCGACGUAUAUGGCCGAUAUGUAUGCCAGGGCGUGGCUGGCACGGCGAGAUCGGUCUUGAAGGAAGGGCCUGGCGUGCAAGCUCGGAAAGAAGGGUUCUUCUACGCCAAUGCCCUCACCAGGCUGUUUGAUCACAUUGCGCGCAUUGUUGAGGGACACGGAGGUCUCGUCGAGAGACACUAUGGCUCUGGGAAGAUGGUCCGCGUUAUCGAGCGUCUGCAACAAGAGGCGGAUGUACAGGGUGGCAUCAUCCUUGACUCGUGGAGCGAUGAGCGCGAUGUCGACAGACGCCUGAAGGACGUCAAGAGUUACCCGUUCUCUUUCCUGGUUCAGAGCUUCUUGCCACCGCAAAGAAGCGGAACACCACGGGUCAAUUCACCUGCAAUGGGAGCUGGCGCAAAUCCGCGUCCCAGCGAGGAUGAGGGCGUCAAUAUGAAGGAGGUGGACGCAAUUCUUAGUGAGAUCGCCGUGAUGCUCGGCCGGUGGUCGCUUUACUCCCGCUUCUUAGCAGGAAAGACCCGCGAACCCGAUGCCCCUGAGGACGCUCCGCUUUCCAUACCGGAGUUAGUCUUCAAGUCUAAUCUCAAACGAAAGAUUUCAGACAAGCUUACUUCACCAUAUAAUACAAUGAUGACCUUCUUCUUCCGAAGAUCGGUUGAGAAGGCUUUCCAGUUGGACGAGAUGCCAACUGGACUGUCUCUAAGCAUGAACAAGCAGGUCGACACCAAUCAGCCAUUCAUCAUAUCCGCUGUCGACGAUGUCAUGUACGUCGUCAGCGCAGUCAUACAGAAAUCAACAUCUACAUCACAGAGAGACGUCAUUGCCUCCGUGAUCCCUACGAUCGGUCGCGUCCUCAGCUCCGACUUCAUAGGCAUGAUCCAACGAAAGAUGCGCGACGAGUCCUAUCCCAAGCCAAUUGUACAGGGAGGCUUCCCGCCAGAAGACAAGAUCAUCCAAUUCAUUGUUCUCAUAAACAGUCUCGACACAGCCAACGAGUACCUCAACCGCAUCAUCACGAGCAACAUAGGCAGCGCAAACGAGGCGGCAAAGGCGAACGGCGAAGCCCACGAGCCGUCGCUCAGAGAUUCCUUCCCCUUCGACAAGGACGUCACCUUUGUCACUUCCGCCCUCAACACACUACACAGCUCCUUCACCCUUAAGACCACCGAGCUCCUCAACGAAGGACUGCAGGUCCUCUUCCAGCGCGUCGUCCAACCACGACUGCGCCCCGUGCUUUCCGACACGUUCCGCGAUGUAGACUACUCUCUCACAGAGGAGGAACUCGCCGAGUACGCAGAGCAGAACGACGAAGACGAGGAGGAGAUGCUGGACCAGGUAUCCCGCCGCUUCGAGCACGGCUGGGACCAGCUGAUGAAGCCCAUCGCCCGCCUCAUGACCGCCCACACCUUCACGACGCUGCACGACCUCACAGCCCGGUACCUCGCGCGCGUCCUCGAGCGCAGGGUCUGGGACGCCAGAGCGAAUGCCUACGGCGUCAUCCGCAUGGAGCGCGACUUCUCGAGCAUCGUCAGCACCGUGUCCACGGGCAACUACGGCGUCAGAGAGCUUUUUGCGCGGGUGUCGCAGAUCCUUAUGGUGGCGAACAUGGAGGAGGAAGAGUGGGAGGAGAUCUCUGCGGUUGAUAAUCCGGACGAGGACGAGGAUGGCAUGAUUUGGGUGUUGACUGAGGACGAGAGGCGGCGGGCUAGACAACUUACUACCAGGGAGCGUAGAGCUUGA